CAUAUGUUUUCUGGGACCGCCAGUGGUUGGCAACCAUUAAUCUGCGUGGUGUCAGAUCUUUUUUAUAUAUAUUUGUGGUGUCGGACGUAGGCGUUUCAGUCAAGGUCGUAUUGUGAUUCGAAGGAGUUGAAAAUGAAAAUGGGGAAAGCGUAUGCCUCGCCAGAAAUUUUCCUGUAAUUAGUAGGUAUUGGGCCACUGGAAAUUACCAAUAGAGAAGAUAUAGAAAAGCUCUAGUGAUCAAAAAUAAAUUGUACUGUGCUACUGACCAUUAACAUACAAAGUGUAGUGAAUAUUUAUAACCUAAAUGUUAAGUUCAAGUUCUUUGAAACAGAUUUGAAACUAUUUUAUUUACAAUUACAGUUAGAGUGUUUGUUGUGUUGUUGUGUGGACUUGAGUCAAAUAUGAGGUGGAUAUCCAAUUUGGAAGGUGGACCCAAAAGGGUGAACCAUGCAGCUGUUAGUGUAGGACACAAAAUAUACUCAUUUGGGGGCUACUGUACAGGAGAGAAUUCGAGGGAAUAUGCGUCUAUGGACGUUCAUGUGCUGAACACUACCACUUUUAGGUGGACCAAACAUCCUGUCAGUGAUUUGCCCUAUUUUGAAAACGAUGAUAUACUACCCUUUAAAAGAUAUGGACACACGGCAGUGGUACAUGGCGACAAAAUAUACAUAUGGGGUGGAAGAAACGACAGAGCGACAUGUUCGACACUUUUCUGCUUCGAUACAGUCUGGCAUUGCUGGACAGCACCCAAGACUACAGGAAAUAUACCUCUAGCUAGAGAUGGUCAUACGGCAUGCAUGUGGAAAAACUGUAUGUUUAUAUUUGGAGGAUACGAAGAAGAAUCUGAUGCUUUCGCUAGGUCCGUCUACUGUCUUAAUCUCGACAAAAUGACCUGGUCGAUAGUACAUACUUCAGUUUUGGUUUCAGGCAUGGAACCGUCUCUGCGGGACUUCCACACUACGGUUUGCAUAAAAGACCGAAUGUACCUAUUCGGGGGUCGUGGUACGAUAUUCCCUAACCAUUAUACUUUGACGGGAGCUCAAGAGACCUACUCGAACCAGCUCUGGUACUUGGACUUCAAGACUUUCACGUGGCAUGCCUGCAUGGUCACUGGAGACAUACCGGUGGGGCGCAGAAGUCACUCAGCUUUUGUAUACAAUGAUAAGAUGUAUAUAUUCGGCGGUUACAAUUCCGUGAAGGACCAGCACUAUAACGACAUGUACGAGUUUAAUCCGGAUACUAACGCGUGGAAGAGACUGAAUUGCAGGGGCAAGGGGCCCAGUGAGAGGAGGCGGCAAGCUUGUAUUCCUGUUGGCGAUAGGAUAUUUCUCUUUGGGGGCACAAGCCCUCAGCAACAAUCGAAGGUGGGCAGCAAUCAUGGCGAGGAAAUGGACGACAUACUGAUGGAUCACAGCGACAUGUACGUCCUGGACUUCCAACCCACUCUGAAGACACUGUGCAUCAUAGCGGUCAGGCAAUAUAAAUUGGACGAGUCUGUGUUACCGACCAAUGUAAAAUUGGAUAUAAUGAAUAUGUUCACACCGAAUAAAAUAACGAUUAACAGGCCAAACAAUUCAGCAGGUUAAAUAUUGAUAUGUAUAUCCAAAUUUUCUCAUUAAGUUUCUUGUAAAUAUCUCGGGUACAUUUAGAUCUACAAAAUGAUAACUUUAUUAAGUUUCCUUUGUGAUAAAAUUAUAGGUCUGGACGUACCUACCCCAAAACUUUUUUAUUUCGAUAUAUACGUGUAUAUAUUCAUUUAUUUUUUCGAAAAGACAAUUUUAUUUUUCUACAGUUGCGUUGAAUGCAGUAACUUAAGUUGUCGUCAAUGUUGUAACGUGUCUACAUUCAGAUUGGCAAGAGUGGGUAUGAUUAUCGAUCCAGUAUUUUGAAGUUCGCAAUUUAUUUUUCUUUUUUUUUUGUUUUUGUCAACUCACGUUAUAUGUCCACAUAGAAAAAGAUUUAUUCAAUUUUAAUACCAAAUUUACUAUUUUAUUUUUCUGUAAAUUAUAAUAUAAACAGUAAAAUUUAA